UUCUUCUCCUCGAGAUUGAGCAUAAAAACGACGUAGUUUUGAUGAAUAGGAAAGAGGGAGGGAAAAAAGGAAAGUAAAUGCCCAAAUCGAACCCAAAUCAGAACCGGAAGAGAGAUCCGUCGCCGCCGUUCGCAUUUGGGGCCGAAUCACAACCUACUCAGCUACUUUCAUUUUGUUGAUUUUGAUUUUAAAGAAAGGGAAAACAUGGGGGAGUGUGAGAGCAAUAGUGCAAAACCCAGAGCGCGCCCAAUUGUACGCUUAGGGAUUUUCCUUGUCUCUCACAGCAACAUUGUGAGUGUGGUUUGUUUUGUGGCAGGGGUGGUGGCUCUUCUUCUUCUCCCUGUCCUUGCCAAGAACACCUACAUUUCCGAAAAUGCCCUCAUGCCAGGUUCUGCAAACAACAUGCUCUCUACUCAUCAUGCCUCGGACGCAACUAAAUUUGUCAAGGACUUAACUAAUUUGGGGGCCUCACCCAUCGAAAGUCAAAAACUUAUUGCACAGUAUAUGUCGGCCUUGGAUGCUGAAGUUACCUUUCACAAGUUCUACCCUCAGUUGAAUCAUUUUCAUCCACUGCACUUCUUUACCAGUGCUGAUUCAGGUAUAAUUUCAGAAAAUGCUACUUGUUCGUCGUUUGGGAUCAACACUGUUGGAAUUAUCAGAGCUCCGCGCGGGGAUGGCAAGGAAGCUAUUGUUUUGGUGACACCUUACAAUCCGAAGAAAGUUGGUCUGGGCGAGGCUUUCUCUUUGGGCAUUGCUUACUCAGUGGUCUCGCUGCUUUCGCGGGUUACUUGGCUUGCCAAGGAUAUCGUAUGGCUUGUGGCUGAUUCACAGUAUGGAGAAUAUUCUGCUGUGGCUGCUUGGCUAAGGGAAUAUCAAGCCCCUGUUUUCCGUGGAGUUGAGAUGGUUAAUAGUGAAACAUGUAAUGGAAGCAACAUUUUUUAUGAACUUGGACAGAGUCUUUAUUUGGAUGGAAAGUUAUAUGGUGGUUUUAGACGUGCUGGAACUAUGGCUGCAGCUCUUGUAAUUAAAGUAGCUGACCAAGGUAACCAUUAUGAAGACAGUCUUAAUAUUUAUGCGGAGGCGUCCAAUGGUCAGAUGCCAAACCUCGACCUCAUCAAUAUUGUAAAUUAUCUGGCAGUCCAUAAACAAGGGUUGCGGAUAAAAGUGAAAAAGAUGUGGUCUCUUGUUAGCUCCAGGUGGCUCAAUACUCUGGGUGUUAUAUUUGAAUCCCUAGGACAAAUUGCUAGAAGUUUAAAUCCUCAGUGGAAGUUUGGUAUUCCUGCUACUGAGUAUGUUGAGGGUGCUGCUACUCUGGCAAGUUCAUUGUACUACCAGGGUUUGGGUGUUCCUACUGGUCCUCAUGGUGCCUUCCGUGAUUAUCAAGUUGAUGCGAUCACUCUGGAAAUUUCACCAAAAGUUUCUCUUACCAAAAUGAUCAGGCGUAAUGAAUUUAUUCUUCGUGGUGGAAGGUUAGUUGAAGGAGUUAUACGCUCAAUAAACAAUCUUCUUGAGAAGUUUCAUCAGUCAUUCUUUUUAUACCUCUUGACAUCCCCUAGUAAGUUUGUGUCAGUUGGAGUUUACAUGAUUCCAUUCGCGUUACUUGUUGCACCACUUCCAAUAGUUGCAGCAUAUCUCCAUGCUGAUGCUAGCAAAUGCACUCCCCAAGCCACAUCUGCCUUUGAAGUUGAUGCUAGCCGUAAGUCUUGGAAAUGGUUGAAUUCAGCUAGAAAGGUUUUGGUCAUUCAUUUAUGGGGUGUUAUUGUCUCCUUACUCCCUUAUUUCCUUUGUCGAAUACCCAAUACUACUCCAACAACAAACUUUAUGUUGUGGGGUUUGCUAUCAGGGUUUAGCCUCCUAAUUUUGUACUUGAUAUUGGGUUCUGCAUCUCAAUUUGAAAAAAGCGAAUGGACUAGCUUAAAGUCUGUAACAAUAUCAACUACUUUCAUUGGUUUGUCACUCAUGUCCGUCAUUAACUUUGCCACAGCAGAAAUUGGGGCUUUAUUUAUUGUCCCAAUUUGUCUGAUGGCUAGACCAUUGAAGCUUGAUACUCAAGGCAGGAGCUGGAGAACCUUACUAAGAGCCACUUGCAAUCUUGCUUUAGGUCUUAUUGGGUUUCCUCCAGUUGCAUUUGUUUUACUGAAAGGUGCAUUUGAAGAUUCUUAUGGUAUUAAUGUUGGUGACUAUUGGAACUGGUUGGAAUCCCUUUGGGCAUGGAACAGUGCUACUUACCUCUAUGUAGGUGUUGUUCACCUACCAUGCUGGGCACUUUGUAUUCAUAUUUUAUUUCAUCGAUGUUGACAUGUACUAUUAGUUAGUUGGACAAGCAAUUCAUGCGAGGAGUUUAUUAUCUUGAUGUUUUUGUUUUCAUCUUCAAUGCAUAUCCUUCUUCUCUGCAAGUAAUUAUUUAUAGUUAGGCCAUGAAGACUUUUGGACAUUGGGGAAGGAGAAACUGUUGUGCUGUCUGCAAUGUUUUGGAUCCUGAUCUUGAUAUUGAUGGCUAAGUUGUGAAUGAUUGUUGAGCCUCAACCCUGGUUUGGCUUAAAAUCUGAUUUUGAGUUGAUUAAUUGACAUGGAGCUGCAAGGGUCUAUAAUUAAUUUACCAAAUGUUUGUUGUGGUACUCUGGGGUGGCUUGGUCUCAUGCCUGUUCCUUGCCUCCUUUUUGGGGAUAGCAUAUAUAUACGUCAGGUAGAUGAUAUGCUCAGAUUUUGUCAUUGAUCCUUUCUUCUGUGAAGUGAAGAAGCGAGAAAACUAGAACGGUUACAAUAACUCAAGCAGCAAGCAAACGUACACAUGCAGAUGGCCAAUACGAUAUAUGGUUCAUCUACAUUCGUAUGAGUUAGUAUGAUUCGCCAUGAGGUAUUCUGUCUUGUAAAUGGAUUUUAGGGGUAAUUCAGUCAAUUCACCCUCUCACUCUAAUUGUGACCUUUGCAUUAAACGCAUUAUUAGAGGAUCAUUAGAGUUGAGUUUUAAUUGUUAUUUAUUUAUUUUAUUUUAUUUUCCUAUCUCAAACUUAUUGAACUAGUGUUGGGAAUUUUUCCUAUUUCAUUUUAGCCAUCUAGAUCUGUGUUUUCUUAAAUGUAUUUGAACAAAUUCAUGUAACGCAUGAGUAUUUUAUCAAAUAAUAAAGAAAUUAUAAGG